AUGUCUGCCAAAACCUCCCCCGAAUCCACAGGUCUUAGCUUAGACCAAACACCCGGUUCGACCCCUUCAAAUGGCAACGGGACUCCCGCUCCUCCAACCGACAUGGAGAUGAAGAGCUUGCGAACUGGUCCACCCAAAGGGUCAAUCCCCUUAGGAGAGGAUGUGAUGCAGUUGGCUCGGAUGGGAGAGAUUGGUGUCAUGCAAAAUUUGUUUACGGCCAAAAAGUUCACUGCAAACUACCGCGACGAGGAGGGGAUUACACCGUUGCAUUGGGCGGCGAUCAAUAACCAAUACGCAAUGUGCAAAUUCCUAAUCGACUCUGGAGCCGAUGUCAACGCCAAGGGAGGAGAGUCGGUGGCAACACCAGCCAUGUGGGCCGCCCAGCGGUGUCAUUACUAUAUUGUGAAUCUUUUGCUACAGAAUGGAGCGGAUCCUCUCUUGACCGACGUUCAGGGAUAUAACAUUCUACAUCUUGCGACCAUCGAUGGCAACGCUUUCCUGGUCGUUCUGCUUCUACACCAAGAGAUCCCCGUGGAUGUCAUGGAUCAACAAGGGCAUACUGGGUUGAUGUGGGCUGCAUACAAGGGAUAUCCUGCAUGUGUAGAUCUGUUUUUGCGAUGGGGCGCCAACGCGAACGCUGUGGACGAAGGUGGCUUGACGCCCCUUCAUUGGGCGCUCGUUAAAGGCUCCAUGCCCUGUGUGCUGAAGUUGCUCGAAUACGGCGCCGACCGCUUCGCGAAGACUCGCGAUGGAAAAUCACCCGCGACUGUGGCGCAGGAAAUGAACACCCUGCGGGUCUGGUACCGCUCCCUCAAUGAGCGCGGCUAUGAACCUGAUGGCACCCAGAAGGUGGUUCCUCUAGGCCUCUCAAGCUUUGUGCGCAGCAAGAGCAUCAUGGCCAAGUUCUUCUUCCUUUGGCCCUUUUUGACCAUCCUGGUUGCCAUCUGGAUGCUCAGCAACCUGGCGGUCUUCGUUGCUGUACCCCUCGUGUUAGUGGCUGUCUUCGGGAUGCAGUACGUUGCACAGCAACUUGCGAACAAGGGACCCUCAGAAUACCGUAUUUUGCAUAAAACACCGUAUCUGGCUGGUGUCUUUGCUGGCACGUUAUUCUGGGUCGGAAUCCGUUAUGCUUUCAAGGUGCUGCCAGCAACGUACUCAUCCUCCCCGAUCUUAAACAUCUUAUUUGCUGUCUUCUUCUGCUCGACUACUUAUUUCUACACCUUUGCCAUGGUUCAAGACCCGGGUUAUGUUCCAAAACUGAACAGCAGGAACCAACAGAGGGAGGUUGUUAAGGAGUUGUUUGAGCAGUGGAAGUUCGACGAAGAGAAUUUCUGCAUUCCCUGCAUGGCCAGGAAGCCACUCCGAAGCAAGCACUGUCGACGCUGUGGGCGUUGCGUUGCGAAGCAUGAUCACCAUUGCCCGUGGAUCGACAACUGUGUGGGAUCGAACAAUCUCCGUCACUUUGUUCUUUAUAUUGUCUCCCUCGAAGUCGGCAUCAUUCUGUUCGUACAGUUGACUGUUGCUUACAUCACUUCCCUACCCGCCCCUAAUAACGCUACGUGCAAUGUCAUCAAUGACACCUUAUGUGACUAUGCCUCACGCGAUCCCUUCACCUUGGUUCUUAAUGUGUGGAUUACUCUCCAGCUGGUCUGGGUCACCAUGCUGUGUGCCGUCCAGCUUGUCCAGAUCUCCCGCAACCAGACCACCUACGAAAACAUGCGGGGUCACCACAUUGACCGGUCCUAUCCGAGUUCCCAAGCUUUUGCAUCGGCCAUGACCGCCGGAACCACAUCAAUGGAAGCUGCUGGUCUUUCGGCCUCUGGACAAGGGCCGAACCCGGCUCUCCGCGGUCCUCCUCCCCCUCGACGCAAGCACGGCUGCCUCCAACAGUGGUCUUCUCUUCUCGGCGUCGAUGCCUUUUGGACGACGGCAAAGGACGGUCUCCGGGACGGACCCCAGGCGGCUCGACCCCGUAACCCUUUCUCCCGCGGCAUUGUCACCAACUGCCGCGACUUCUGGUGCGACCCGGCUCCGCUCUUUGGCAAGCGCCAGACUGGGUCGGCGAUGCUUGACGGCCAAGUGAUCAACUAUCACGAGAUGUAUGAAACUCCGAUGCGCAUGCGCACCAGCAACCAGUCUGGUGAGGGUCCAGGUUACCGUAGCGUUGCUGGCGAGGAUCCUGAACACAUGGUCUGA